CAGAUGAAGUAUGUUCGUCAAAAUUCUCAAACUUUCAUCCACUUGUCUCAAUUUCACCAAGAAAUCUAUGGAUUCGAACUAUCUCCGAUUCAUGAGAGGCAUCUGCAGCGAUCAGAUCGGGGACGUCAUCAGCCUGUCUCAAGUAAAGGGCAUAGAUCACCUGAAAAACCCUCGUUUGAACAAAGGUCUAGCCUUCACCAUCGAAGAACGACAGGUGCUGGGAAUCCACGGUCUGCAGCCUCCAACGCAGAGGACCCAGGACGAACAGUUGAAGCUCUGCAAGAUCACCAUCAACAACUACAAGGAACCGUUGAACAAGUACAUCUACCUCACGGAGUUGAAGGACAGAAACGAGAAGCUGUAUUUCCGUCUGUUAAGUGAAAACAUAGAGGAUCUCCUACCCAUCGUGUACACCCCUACAGUCGGUCUAGCAUGUCAGAGAUUUGGUUUGAUUUACCGAAGACCGCAUGGUUUGUUUAUAACGAUCAAUGAUAGAGGUUAUAUCUACGAGAUCCUUCAGAAUUGGCCCGAACCAAACAUCCACGCCAUCGUGGUCACCGAUGGGGAGAGAAUCUUGGGUCUUGGUGAUCUGGGUGCUUACGGUAUGGGUAUACCCAUUGGAAAAUUGGCUCUGUACACAGCCCUCGCCGGUAUCAAACCUUACCAUUGUCUUCCGAUCCAACUAGACGUAGGGACGGAGAAUACCAAGCUCCUAGAAGAUCCAGCGUAUGUGGGACUGAGACAGAAGAGGGCCAGGGGUAAGGUAUACGACGAUUUCAUCGACGAAUUCAUGGCGGCUGUGGUCAAGAGGUACGGCCAAGAUACCCUGAUACAAUUCGAAGAUUUCGGCAAUCUGAACGCGGCCAGACUCCUGGCGAAGUACAGGAAUAAGUAUUGCACCUUCAACGACGACAUCCAAGGCACUGCGGCCGUUUCUCUGGCCGGACUGAUGGCGGCCAACAAGAUCAUCAAGAAGACGUUCAGAGAUCAUAAAAUCGUUUUCUACGGGGCCGGUACGGCUGCCUUGGGUGUGGCCGAUCUGUGCGUGGAGGCGAUGCUGAGGGAAGGCAUAGACCUGGAGGAAGCGAGAGGAAACAUCUUCAUGAUGGACGUCGAUGGCUUGGUGACCAGCGAUAGGAAGGUGCUGCAAGGUAACCAGAAGUACUACGCGAAGAAGCUCAAACCCGAGAAGGACCUGCUGAGCCUGGUGAACCAGGUGAAACCGACUGUUCUCAUCGGAGUCUCGACCAAAGGUGGAGCCUUCACCCCGGAAGUCUUGAAAGCGAUGGCCAAGCACAACGAGCGUCCUGUGGUAUUCGCCCUGAGUAAUCCCACGUCGAACGCAGAAUGCACGCCUCAAGAAGCCUACGACAACACCGACGGUCGCGUUAUUUUUUGUUCAGGUUCACCCUUUCCGGAGGUGAAAUACGGCGGAAGGAGUUUCAAGACCGGACAGGGUAACAACUCGUACAUUUUUCCAGGGGUGGCGUUGGGGGUGGUUCUAGGACAGAUCCACCACAUCCCCGAGGAUUAUUUCCUCUUGGCCGCUAGCGUGGUUGCAGAUAACGUCUCGAAGAAAGACCUGGAGGAGGGUAGGCUCUUUCCUCCCUUGAAUAUGAUCAAAGAUUGCUCCGUCAAGAUUGCUACCGCCAUCCUGCAAGACGCCUAUAAGAAUGGAAAGGCCACGUGGUACCCUGAACCAGACGAUAAGAAGAAAUACAUAGAAUCUCGGUUGUAUUGUGACGAGUACACAGAGUCGUUGAAUCGUAGGUGGAAAUGGCCUAAAGAAACUAAGGUCCCUGUGAAACCCAUGGACAGUCAUACCAAAGUGACUAUAACGUGAGAUGUGGCCUAGUGUGGUUAGGAUUAAGAUGAUUAUUUCUUGAAUGUACAUAAAUUUUGUCGAUAAGGGUAUUCGAUUUUUUCUGAUUAUACGUAAUGAAUUAUAUGUUUACAAUAUAGAAAUUAUGAUUGGAUUA